GACAUAAAUGUGAUGCGCAGGAGGUGAGCUAUCUGUGACAGCUAGAAAGGCAAAGCAAAGCAAAUCAUAAGAAAUAUUUUCCUGUUAUUUAGUUUUUGCUCUGUUUUCAAUGAACAUUUAAAAUAAUAACAACACAAAUAUGUUCAGCAUUUGAAUUGGUGCCUGCAGUCCCUGCGUAUAAAUUUGUUAAUAAAUCGUAAAAUGGCUACCGUAUUUGAUAGUCCUUUCAUUCGACAACGUUUGCAUCGUUUGCGGCAUCGUGAUUUUGACUUGGACGAAGAUCAGAGAUUUGGUCGAUGUGACUGUACCAGUUAUUCUUAUUUUGUUCUAUCGAUGGUACUAUUUUCUGUAGGUACCGUUAUAACAGUCCUAGCCUUGGGAGACACAGAUGGCUACAUACUAAGCAACUUAGGACACAUGUGGCUUGUUGGACCAAUAUUUAUUUGUUCUGGGAUGAUGGUUGCAGUUAAGAGCAUGCUGUAUUUACGAAGAAAGAGUGUUAUACAAAUGCUUUUACAUCAGCGUGCUAUUAUCAGGGACAUGGCAGCUGUACAAGCAGAGCAAGCAUUUGGAGGCCAAGUACCUAGAACAGCUUCAAGCGCUACACUUCCACCUUCAUAUGAUGCUUUAAUUGCCAGUGCUACCACAAGUAAGCCUCAGCCUUCAGGUUCGGAACCACCUCCACCCACAUAUGAUGAAGCUAUGUGCCUCAUUGAUGAUGAAAAACUAAGAAUUGAAAAUAGAAUUGAACAUAGUGCUAAACAAGAAACCAGUGACCAAACCUCUAGCAUCAACAAUGAUAUAAAUUUUAAACCGUGAAUUGAUUUACUUAAUUUUUUUGUUUACAAUAGUCAUGUAAGUAAAACUUAAUUCUUCCUUUGUACUUAUAAUUUGCAGUAGUGAACUAUGUAAAUUCAUAGUAUUCUCAGAUGUGCCUAAAUAUUGACUUGUUGGCGAUAUUGUUAAUUAGGUAUUUUAGAUAAUUAAGGAAAGCCUUAUAGCUUAAGAUGAUAUAAUAUGAAUUUGAUAAAGUUUUACUCUUACUCCGGAUAUUUUGGAUAGAAAUAUGGAUUCAUAUGAAAAUAUUUUUAGAAUGAACAAAAGUAGGUAUCAAAUUGUUUUUAAAGAGUAAUCGGAAAUUAAAAAAAUGCAAAUGUGUAAUGCAUUUAAUUAAUGCAAGUCUUGUCCUGUCUUUAUUGGGCUUGCCAAAAAGAUUGUGUGCCUAAAACUUUAAGUGGUGAUAUGACAUUAUUUUUGUAUCAUAUUUUUAUUGGAUUAUAUUUAAAACAAUG